AAACACUGCUCCAGGAGGAAACAUCCGGUUAAAGAAUGCUAGUGAGGUCUGAAUUUAUACAAGAGAUCAGUAAUCCUGCUGCUGAACAGCUUGUGGGCGAGGAACCAAAUCCAGAGCUUUGUUGCUUCAUAGGCAGGACGUCUCUAUGCUGUACAACAUGACCAACAACAGGACUUGCAUGGAAACUCAGAGCCCUGUUGCUUCUGCGUUACCCCCCUUGUUGAUCAUGGACUUCAUUUUGGGCAUGCCAGGAAAUAUCCUAGCAUUAUUGCUCCUUGGCUUUAAGGCUCCCUGGAAGCCGGCCAAUAUUUACCUCCUCAACUUAGCGCUGGCUGAUGUCCUGCUGCUCCUCGCCCUUCUCUUUCAUAUUGACAGUGUGCUCCGUGGGAGCUGGAUUUUUGGGGAUCCCUUUUGCCGCAUCAGCUUCUUCAUGCUGUCAAUAAACCAGUCAGGAAGCAUUGCUUUUUUGACUGUUUUGGUAGUGGAUCGCUUCUACAGAAUAGUUCACCCACACCAUCCUGUUUGCCACAUGAGAAUUCAGACCAUAGUAAUGGUGGUCUGUGGAAUCUGGGGAGCUGUGGUAACUCUUCGUCUUCCUCUGCUUGUGACUCGACUACAGAGAUCAUCAGAAAACGUAUCUGCCUUACUUUGCCAACAUAUCGACAUAUGGACAAACACUGGUGCAGGAAUGAGGGUUCAUAAUUCACUCCUUAUGAUAGAGUUUGUCAUAGCUUUCCUGUUAGUAGUCAUUUCAUCUCUUCGUAUCUGUUACCAUAUACAGGGCAACAGGAAGCUGAGAGAGCAUCGGAGAGUGAAACGGACCUUGUGCUUACUUCUGGCUAUUGUGAUCAUGUUUACAUUUUGCUUUCUGCCCAACUACAUCACAGGUUUUGUGGCUUUCUUCCUUGGAGAUGUCUCGUCAUGCUCCUCAUACAGUGUUUUGGGUCAGGUGUUUAGUGUUUCUUUAUGCCUUGUCUUUUUAAACUGUGCUCUGCACACAAUUCUGUAUGUUUUAACAAGUGAAUACUUUAGAAACACUGUAAAAGAAACAGCUAACUCUACAGGGAUCACCAAGUUUCGAGUAAGUGUCAAGGAGCUCAGGUCUCCUCGACGAUUUUAAAAAAGUAAUUUUUGAGAAGGAACAUUCCUAACCACAGCUAAAAGACUUUCUAAUUACUAUCACCAGGACAGUACUUUUUCUAAUUUUACUGGGUAUGGCUGUCUUCAGUCAUGCUUUUCCACUCUAGCCUAAUAAGGGAGCGCUUUCAGAAAGUUAAGAGCAUAAAUUACAGCACAGCCUGCUGUACAAGUUCAAAUCUAUGAGCUUCUGAGCUAGAAUACAAAAUAUACAUAAAUUUAGCUGUAUUUGUAAAAGUAUGCUAGCUACAGAUAAUUAGUGGCAAAGUCAUUGUUAUGGCAUAGCUUUUCCAUUGAAAGAAAGCCAUGCUGUUUUAUGGAGACACAGCACUACUUUAGGCAGUGGACACCGCUUGGUUUUAACACUCAGUCCAGGAUCAAACAAAUAUAAUUUUAUCCUUUUUAUUACUGGUAUUUGAAUUCAACAAGUGAGAUACACCCUUGCAUACUUUUGAUUUGCAAAGCAAAAGUUAUUCACUUUGCAUGUUGGUUAAAUAACAGCUGGCACUACCAAUGCAUAAAAAGCGGACAGUUACUAUAUAUGGUGUAAUAUAUGCUGUACUGUGUUGUAUGAUUUAUGUCAUUAUUUAUUCAUUUUAUUUGGUAAAAACUCUUUCAAGACAUCAUGAGAAACUCAUCUAAAAUUAUUUGUGUGCCUUGUACAUUUUUACUUUUGUAUAUAUAUUUUUUUUCUUGAAAAUUGAUUUAAAGUUGAAUAUAUGUUUUUUUUAAGCACUGUUCUCUGUUUCUGCUACUGUACCACUAAUUUCUUCCAGGAUCAAUAUACCUGUAAAUGUAUUAUAUCUAUAUAAGUAAACCAAAGUAUAUCAUCAUGAA